CUUCCAGAGUGUAGUGGGCUCUUGCUUGCAGAGGCAACAGACAUUCAGGUUUUCAUCCGUCGCUGUGGACGUCUCAACCCCAGCUGGGGAGCCUGCAAAAAGGCUGCGGUUCUCAGACUAUUGUGAUUGUGGUGGUCAACACCUUUGGGGUUUGUCGGAGGGGUCAGAGUUGCUGUGUAUGCGUGCGCUGCCCGGGCACAAUGUGUCCAAAGCCGAACUCCGACUACUUUGCGGCGGUCCCCUGAUCAGCAUGGAUUCUGACUAACGUCCAUGGAGGGGCAAGUGAAGCGUUUACCGUCACGACACCACCAUUCUAUCAUCUGUUAUUUUAGAGAUGGUAACAAAUGAACGGCUCCGAAGAGAACAUGGUUGAGAGGACCAGCAAAUUCUUGUUGAUCGUUGUCGGCUCUGUCUUCUUCAUGCUGAUUUUGUAUCAAUACGUGGCUCCCGGAGUGAUCAACUUCGGGUCUCCGCACGGGUACCUAGCAGAAGAAGACAUGACUAUAUUUCCCACGCCGGAUCCCCAUUAUGUGAAAAAGUACUAUUUCCCAGUGAAGGAUCUGGAGCGGUCGGUGGAUUUCGAGAUCAAGGGAGAAGACGUGAUUGUUUUUCUCCACAUUCAAAAAACUGGAGGUACCACGUUCGGGAGGCACCUGGUCCAGAAUGUGCGCCUGGAGGUACCUUGCGACUGCAGACCGGGCCAGAAAAAGUGUACCUGCUAUCGACCCAACCGAAAGGAGACCUGGCUCUUCUCCCGCUUCUCCACCGGCUGGAGCUGUGGCUUACACGCCGACUGGACCGAGCUAAUUAACUGCGUACCAGGAGUUCUCAACAAGCGGGAGACUAAAGCGAAAAAACUAAGGAAGUACUAUUACAUCACGCUGCUGAGGGACCCGGUGUCGCGCUACCUGAGCGAGUGGCGGCACGUGCAGCGCGGUGCCACCUGGAAGACGUCACUGCACAUGUGCGACGGCCGCACGCCCACGCCGCAGGAGCUGCCGUCCUGCUACGAGGGCUCUGAUUGGUCGGGCUGCACGCUUCAGCAGUUCAUGGACUGCCCCUACAACCUGGCCAACAACCGGCAGGUGCGCAUGCUGGCCGACCUGAGCCUGGUGGGCUGCUACAACAUGUCCACACUGCCCGAGCGCAAGCGUGCCCAGAUCCUGCUGGAGUCGGCCAAGAAGAACCUGCGCGACAUGGCCUUCUUCGGCCUGACGGAGCACCAGCGCAAGACGCAGUACCUGUUCGAGCGCACCUUCCAUCUGCGCUUCAUCCGGCCGUUCGUGCAGUUCAACAGCACGCGCGCCUCGGGCGUGGACCUGGACAACGGCACCAUCCGCCGCAUCGAGGAGCUCAACGAGCUGGACAUGCAGCUCUACGACUACGCCAGGGACCUGUUCCAGCAGCGCUACCAGUACGCGCACAUGCUGGACCGCCAGGCGCAGCGCAUCACGCAGCGCAGCCAGGCUCGCCUCCUCAGGGGAGGAGGUGGAGGAGGUGGAGGUGGUGGGGAGGAGGCUGCGGCGAACGGAGGAGGUGGAGGAGAGGGUAUGGCUCGUCUGCCCACCGAGGACUACAUGAGCCAGAUCAUCCACGGCUGGUAGCACAGAGCGAGUGGGAAUACAUAGCGUGCGUGAGAAAGAGAGAAUAAGAUGACAGAGACAGAGCGAGAGAGCGAAAGAGAGCAAGAGAGAAAGAAAUAGCAAACAUGUGUCAGAGAUAGGGAGGUGGAGAGAUGAAAGAGAGCGAGGAGGAGGAGGAGAGAUGUGGUAUAACUCUGUCAAUGUGAAAACGCAGAGAUGGUGGAGAGAUUGCUGUUCUGUCCUCUCCCCCCUCCCCCACACUCUGUGCCCCUCCCUCCCCAAUGCUUAACUUGGUUAUUUACGAUUAGCCAAGUGAGAAAUGUACGUGGGGGGGUAGGGGGGAGUUAAGGACCCGGUUGACCGCUUUGUUUAUUCAGCUAUCUGUUUUUUUUCGUUUGUAUCCUUCAGGAUAACAUGAUUGUGUGUCCUCAUUGACUUACUGCUUAUACCAAGGAAAAAAAAGAAAGUGGACAACAACAAAAAGACUAUGGAACAGAAUUUUUGGGAAAACAGUGAGGAUGAAAGGUCAGGGAGGAACUGUUGAGUAGUCCUGUUCACCUCCCAGGCGAAAAGAUACAGCACCCGACUGAAAAAAAAAAAUCUCGAAAAACAAAGAGAGACUAAACAUCAAAGCCUCCAGACAGGGCUGUCCAAUUCUCUCUUUUUUUUGUUAUUUUUUGUUUCGUUUUUUUUUCUCCUGAACUAACAAAGUUUUUAUUUCCUCCCCUCCCAGACAUAAUUUAAUUAUCAGCGAGCAUAACAUAAGUCUCUCUCGUCUUGUGUUAUUAUUAUUAUUUUUUUAACCGAAUUCAUUUACUUGCUUUCAGAUCACAAACCGACAGUUUCUAAGACAAGGAAAUAUUGGGAGGGGGGGAAUAAAUGAAUAAAACAACACAAAGU